AACUCUAACGGCUCACGAACCCGUCGGUGGGCCGUUGGAUGAUAACCGCGGGUCCGUCCGCACAAAGUGAGCAGCAGUCAGUUACCAUAAGAACAGACUCUCGUCUGUGGUGAGUUCAGGGUCUUCUGUUUAACUGGACGUUAAAACUACAGUUGGCCUUCUCGCCGCUCUUGAUUGUUAAUCCGUUCGUCGGUUUGUCAACAAACACGAGGAGAGUAGAUUAAGUCACCGUAAACUCGUCCAGUUGUCAGCCGGCUUUACUUGACUCGUCAGGAUGCGCCACGUUAUAUAACUUUACCAAGACUUUCCAGGAUAAAUGUUCCCGUCCGUCGUUUUUCUUUCUCUUCAGCAGUUUGCUUCACAAACUAAUGUAAAUAUGUGUUAUUUUGUUAACUGUGAUCCACUUCAUAUUCGGUCGGAAAAUGAAAAACAAAAGGAAGAUAAUUAAUAAAAUAUAUAUAAAACGCAUAUAUAACCCCAUUUCAAACUAAACACCCCACAUUGUUUGCAUGUUCUUAACUCGUACAGCUAACUUCGUCUGUGUGAUAUUGUCAAAUAUUAGCAGCUCGACAUUCCACCUCUGAAGCCCGAGUACACACUAAAUGUGUGUUUUAUUUUAUUGACUCUGAUGUGAGGAAUGAAUUAUGAUGCAUUUUACUGGUUGGUGUCACUAUAUGAGAGUAUUCUUUUUACAUUUCUUUGCUGUCGUGAGGGAAUGUGAAAGUUGAGUGGAGUUGAAGUAACAAAGGACCAGGGUGAAACCACAGGACUGAGUGUUUUCAUACUCUGCUCGACUCCAAUGGUCAUUAUUGUCGCCUGAUGGUGAAUAUAUAUGAAUUCCUCGUGGCCUAAUGCCUUUUGGCCUGUGUGGCAUUAUUGUCAGGGCCGAUUUCUGGAGUACAGUGUCAAGUUACAUUCACUUCUAAGAGAUUAGAGCUGAGGAGAGUGAGUAAUAGUUAACUACAUGUGUACAACACCGUAAUUGGGUCACCGAAAAGAGCUGGCAAUAGUGUUUAAAUGUGUCCAUGUGUUAUUUCAUUGCUUUCUUCUAUUCUGAAACAGUUCUGCUGCAGAGUGUGCCUCGGAAAAGCAGUGUCACCACUUUGAAAGGCUCCAUUUUGUGGCACAAGACCAAGACAUUAAUAUCAAAGAUACUUGCAUGCAACUUUGCAUUUUUGUUCUCCUAGUAAUAUCGGCAAUGUUUUUUUUUUUGUGUCUGCAGAAGAAACACGUCGCUGUUUGAGAAGCAAGUCGUCUUUCAGGCUUCUGCUUGGCGAUGGCGAUGUUCUGUAAUCCAUUGCUCUGACCAUCUUGUUUGUUCUCGGUGACAUAAUACAUUUCAGAGGAACGUGACCCGAUGCGGGUUAGAUGUGCUGCGACGGUCAGACCCGGGAGGCCUCUGACCAGACUUCCUUCCUUCUCAGCUGCCAAAAGCCUCAGAAGGCCGGAAAAGUCAAAACACUAAAAGCACAAGGUGAUCAUCGUCGGACUCGACAAUGCCGGGAAAACCACCAUCCUCUACCAGUUCCUGAUGAACGAGGUCGUCCACACGUCGCCCACCAUCGGCAGCAAUGUGGAGGAAAUAGUGGUGAAGAACACUCACUUCCUGAUGUGGGAUAUCGGAGGGCAGGAGUCUCUGCGCUCCUCCUGGAACACCUACUACUCCAAUACAGAGUUCAUCAUUCUGGUGGUGGACAGCACGGACCGAGAGAGGCUGGUCAUCUCUAAAGAGGAGCUCUACAGGAUGCUGGCCCACGAGGACCUGCGGAAAGCAGCCGUGUUGAUAUUUGCCAAUAAGCAGGAUAUGAAGGACUGCAUGUCCGCGGCGGAGAUCUCCAGAUACCUCACCCUGAGCUCCAUCAAAGACCACCCCUGGCACAUCCAGUCCUGCUGCGCCCUGUCAGGAGAGGGCUUAUGCCAAGGCCUGGAGUGGAUGACAUCGAGGGCCGGGCUCAGAUAGCCCCGCCCCCAGCCGCCGGUGGCCUGACGACCUGCCCCGCCCACACGGUGGUGGUGGCAACAACAAGCGUGUCCUCACCGGCUUCUUUGUACUUUUGACUUCUUUCUUCUUCUUUUUUUUUUUUUUUUAAUAACGGACUUUGACUUUGACGGAGCGGCGUCGACAUCGUCACCGUGGAGCCGGUGUGUGUUCCCCAAAUGGACCAGAACUGAUAAACUGACCUGGAUAUCUGGAACGAGAAGUCUCUUCUCCAGUAAAGGAGGAGAAGAUCAUCUCAGUGAGUUCCCAGUGUGUCGGAGGGCAAAGCAGGAAUGCACCUGGACGGGAUUUACACGACACGCUUGUCAUGUGACGUCACACCACAUAUCAAAAGAAGGCCACGGACACCACAUGUCGGUGGAGCUCUAUUAUUUUUGUACUUAUUGCCUCUUCAUAAGUGUGAUCAUGUUCAGGUGAAUAAUUUGACGAGCAAGCAAAGGGAUUACAAGCAGUAUUUUGAAAUCAGCUUUGAUAGGAAUGGUGGCACAAUGAGAGUUCUUCAGAAUAAAAGUUCUCAUCGUUUUUUUUCUUUUUUCCACAUGAUUUCAGUUUCAUAAGCUACAUUGUCGGUGGUUGUCACACUAGAAUUUAUUGGUGCCGUGUUAAAAUCUGGAAGGAUAUAAUCUCCCUUCUUUAUUAACUUUGAGCCAGUACUUGUGUAAUUGAGCCAAAUGGUGCGACGGGUUGUUAUGCAAACUUUUUCAGCCUUUUACUUUUUCAGCCUAAAAACGGCUGAAACAUCAUUAUUUCAAGUACAACACUCUGUUUUGAUAACAGUAUUUUAAAUUCAAACACUAAUUUUUGUCUGAUGCAUUAUGAUUUUUUUAUUUUAUGCUUAUUUUAUGUUUGUCGUCGUCAACGAGACAGGUUUUGUAUUAACAUAAGAUCCUCGGUGCUCUGCAUGUGUCUGUAACGGAUCCACUGCAAUCUCAGAUAAACAUUUAUUAAUGUUGACCCAUAUUCCUCUUUUGAACAUUUUGUACUUUUAAACAAACGGCCACAACACGCGCUUAUGGGGAAGUUGUUACUUGUAAAACAUCCUGGACUUGAAGGUGGUUUAUUAGCGUUAAAAUAAUCCUAAUUCAAUACUGUGGUCAUCAUAUAGUUCAAGUGUGGGAUCCUCAGCCUUAACCAUGCUGUUGGGAGUGAAUCUGACCGUCUGCUCAUGAUUCCUUACCUUGUUUCCUUCCCUUUGACCAGUGUGAGAAUUCCUUUAUCUCGUUGACAGAUCGAUGCAUCACUUUGGAACCAUGUGGACCUUUUGCAGGUUCUGUAGAACCCGACGAGGGGCAUGAGUUUCAUUGAGUCUGAGUCCGAAGGGGCAGAAGAACUGGCGUCCAUCUCUGGGCCUCUGGACUCCAGUUAAUGGCUUCCACCGUGAGGGACUGGCUCCGUCAGUGUGGUGUGAAGUCUGGGUCAUGUACUGUCCUUCAGUUUGUUUCAAUAAAAGUUUUUGAACUUUGA